AGAGUGCGAUAUAAAGACACAGUUUUUCUUUGUAGCAGCUUCUCCGAUAUUUUUACUUCAUAACACAUGUUAACAACAUCUGGUUAACAGCCGCACGAGUUAUCAAGUAACAUAUAAAUUAACAUAUUAUCUUAUUGUAAUAUAAAGGAGAGAGAGAGGAGAAAAAGAGAGAGCGUGAACCUAAUUAUACAAUUCAUUCUUUAUAGGAAAUUGUGUAUAUCUGUUGCUUUAUAUUGCUUUUUUAAAACAAGAUAAUGAAUAGUUACGUGCAUGUAAUACCAUUUAUACUAAAAAAAAGGAUAUAGAGAAUACUUUUAAUUCUGUAAGUAGAUAUGAAGCAACAAUGCAUUCAUUAGUUGUAAUUAGAAAAAAUCGAUAAUCAGAUAAUAUCUGAGAGUAAUAGUAUAUUCGAGUACCUAGAUAGCUAGAUAAUGUUCGAAAGUAUCUGUGUAGUUGAAAUUGACAGGACUUAACCUUAACGUACGAGUAUAUACGUCAGUAAAUAUUUGUUGUAUAUCUUCCUUUAUUGCUAUCGGGUUUAUUUGAAAUCUUCUCUUAGAUAAUAAGUAUUCGUAGUGUUCGUUAUAUCUUCAGUUACAAUUCGUAAGCAAUUCCCGAGAGAUGCAGAAAUAUUUAUAAACACGUUAAUUUAAUAUACUUUCAGUAAUCACUGAACUUGGACUUCUUUUAGAAAAUUUUACGGCGUGUGGUAAGAUAUGCAAGGAUUAAUCCCUUACGAAGAUUCAGAAACGUCUCAUAAUUCAUACGAUCAGUUUUUCCAUCCGAACGUAUGUCAUAUUUGCAAAUCAAAAGAUCAAGAUCAGUUGAUAUUAUGUCAAUGUGGUAUGAUUUCUUAUUGUACCGAGGAGCACAAAAUGCAACAUCGGCCACAGCAUAAAGAAAUUUGCGGACUUAUAAAACUUUUGAAAACUUGUUUGCCAGACACUCCGAGUUUAUUUUUUGAUGAGUGGAUUGAAACACAACAAAAUUUUAUAGAAAAACUUCAAAUAAUACUGACACAUAAAAUAAAACAAUAUGAAGUGCAAAUGCUCAUGUUCGAAAAAAUAUGUUUUAUAUGUCAAAAACAGUAUAUUUUCUAUACCUGCGAAGCAUGCCUUUCUAUCAGUUAUUGCGUUGAUCAUGUCGAUCAGAUUUACUUGCACUAUGGAGCCACUUGCACUCAGUUGGCGAUAAGUCUCGACAUAGAUAUCAUAUUAUCUAAACUAAAGAUAUCCGAAAUACUAAGUAUACAAUUCCCUAUUUUUUCUGACAAAGAGAUGUUUUUUACUGACAUGGAUUCAUUUUGUAGUCAAUAUUAUCAUAAAACAAGAAUACACGAUUACUAUUGUUUGGACGACUAUGUCUUUACUGAUUAUAUAUCAAGUCCAUUAACGCUGUAUAGUGUAUUGCAAACUGUAAAAUUAUUCCGUUUAAUAAAACUAAUGGACACUUUUGUUAUACAUAUCAUAGCCACAGACUACGUAGAAAAAUACAAUUUUCCAGUAUGGGAGCUUUUCUUACAUCUUUUAAAUAAAAAAGUGAAGCUUGUAGUUGUAAUAAUAGGACCAGAAUUACAGUAUGAAAUUAAUGAAUAUCAAGUUUGCUCCCAUUGCAAAACAGCCAACAAGAAACUCAUUAUUCAGUUCUUUCCUCUGUUGUACCAUAAUUAUGUGCACAGUAUUAAUUAUAGACGACCAAAUAUAAUCAUAGGAUUUCAAGCAGAAUUUAAUCAUGGCAAGUCAUUGUCGGAAUCUAUAAGAGUAAUACAGGCACAGAACUGUCCGUUGCUUUUAACCGCUAAAUCGGCCUUUAAAAUAAAAGAAAACAUAAUUAAGAUAAAAAAUGUUCUAGGUACAUCUAUAAAACCUGCAUUUCAAGCCAGAAAUAAAUUCGCUUCUUCUAGACCAUACAGGGACUUUGAUACUGGCCACGUAUUUUAUCGUAAUAUAUAUUUAAUUUUCUACAGAAACUUAAAAGAUUCCAGCAACUCGACGCAUUUCAAUAGCAAAUGCCGUGUAUAAAUCUGUUAUCAGGUUUUUGGUAUUAUCGUAAAUAACAUACAAAAUAAAUUUUGUUUAUGAAAUUACUUGUAUAUAAUUGUUAUAAAGAAUAUAUAUUUACGGACGAAUAUAAUAUAUCAUUUU